AUGGCGGUCCAGUGCAAACCGAUCCCUGCCCUCUACACCGUCUACAUACUCCGCUCGACACUUCGCCAUGCUUCGCUGUACAUCGGCUCUACCCCGAACCCGCCCCGCCGGUUGAGCCAGCACAACGGCGUGGUGCGCGGCGGGGCAGCCCGAACUGCGCGGCAAAGUCUCCGGCCGUGGGAGAUGGUGGCACUGGUGUCGGGCUUUCCAAGCAUGACCGCGGCCCUGAAGUUCGAAUGGGCCCUUACAAACCCGCACAUCUCGGUGCACAUCCCCUCUACCUCGCGCAUCACCAUCUCCACAGGGGUCAAGGCCAAUGGGCAACCGCGGCGACCAUCCAAGAGCCUCGCCUCCAUCCUGUCCAACCUCCACCUUCUCCUGCGCGUGCCGAGCUUUGCGCGUUGGCCCCUCAAGCUGCACUUUUUUGCUCCAGAUGUGCACGCGGCCUGGCAGAAGUGGUGUGCCACGGUGACAGAACAUCUGAGGCCUGGGUUUCAGGUCCUGACAGAUUUCGGGGGCGCAUUGCCUACAGGUACCGGAGAAGCACCCACUGUGUCUGCGAGCGGUGGUGCCGAGGAGCAACCGAGCGGCCAGGAGGCGCAAGCGAGGGGCAUACACGCCCUGCCCCUGAACUACGAACCCAUGAAGCAUUACGUGGCCAAGGGGCAGGAGCUGUUCGAGUUUGAACGUCUUGGGGAUUGCGUCGUGUGCCGCGCGCCGAUGCCGCCUGGAAAGGGUCUCUACGCCGUAUGCUCGAACCCCGGCUGUGAUGGGGUUGGGCAUCUUUCGUGCUGGAGCCGGCAUUUCCUUGCCGGCGCGGAAGCGGACAACGUUCUUCCGGUUCAGGGGCAAUGUCCGAAGUGCGCCGGGACGGUGGAUUGGGGGGACAUGAUGAAGGAGCUGACAUUGCGGCUGAGAGGAGAGAAAGAGGUAAAGAAACUACUUAACCGACGGAGGCGACAGAAAGCUCAGAAGAUACCUAAAGAGUCAAAGGAAGGAUAG